UCGAGUCAAAUAAACAUGUCAUAAUAUAUAAAACUAUUUAAAGAAUUAACGUUAGAGCUGCAUGACAAUUGCGUGGAGAUUACCUUUCGUGGAUUUCAUCAGUUGAAUUGUUAUUACAAAUAAUUUAUAAAGCACAAAUAUGGCUGUGACUAGUAAAGUGUCUUUCCUUCUGUCAUCUAUACUCACAAUACUUUUGUUUUCCGGAAUGCAAAUGUACAAAAAUUGGUUAACAUCCUCCCAACUUCACAUUAUUUUUGGAGGUUACAUUGGAUCCAUGGUAUUCUUAUUUCUUCUCACUGCCCUCGGCAAUUUGGAGUCAAUUUUGUUUGGCAAGUCGUUUCAGUUGAAAUUUUUUCCAGAAGUUUUCAUAUCCAUCAUUAUUUCAAUGGUGGCAUCAGGUCUGAUACAUAGAGUGGCAACAACAACUUGUUUUUUGUUUUCUGUAGUAGCAUUGUAUUACAUUAAUCGUAUAUCUCAGGAUACCUACUCUGUACCAGUUCCUUCAGUAAAUGUCCAUGCUAAAAAGAAAAAAUAAAAGUCUUCGUCU